AUGGAAACGACACGCGAUAUAAAAGAUAUCACAAGAUACAAUCCUCUUACCAUUGAGAUUCCAUCGAAACAAAGCAUAGUGUUAAUAAAUCGUGAUUCAUCGAUAGAUUCGUUAUCUAAAAUGCAAUUUUGUCCUGCAUAUCACUUUUGUAAGGAAUUAAAAAGACCUUACCGUUUGUCUAGGUUUGAUGGCAAUCAUGAUCAACAAAUCACGGCAAUCCAUGAUUUACUGCAAGCAAUUAAGGAACCUGCAAUAAGAUUGAUACAGUUGGUUGUAAAUGAUAUAGAUAAGCAAUGGAAGAGAGAUCCAGAUUUCCAAGUGCGCUAUCCUGACUCAAAACGAUACAAGGGGAGUGAUAAACAACAUUAUGAAUCAGGAUUAAUCCUUGCGACUACAUCCUCCUCGGUUUGCGCACUUUGUGGCGUUGCACUUCACCUAAAGAACCCUUCGGAAGAAUCGGGACAACUUGCGUUUGAUGAAAAAAGAAAAGACUAUCAUAAUCGCGAUUGUAACAUUAUGUUGAAAGCAUUUAAUAGUGCGUUUUUUUAAAAAUGACUCUAUACAAAGCUAGGUUAUCUGCCAAAAAAGAAAA